AUGCUACUUCUUUCUGGCCGAACGGCUUUGAGCUGGUGGGCCAAGUCCGUCCUUGGUAACUACUAUGCUACCAAGAAUCUACGAGACGGCAACUGCACCCAAGUACCUUGGUGGAGUCAUUCCAAGGACCCCGGCACGUCCCGAUGCAUGAGCGCGAAGGACGUCAAAUUCAGCUCCGUCAACGCGUACAAGAGAAAUACGACAGAGAAACUCCGCAUCGUCGACCUUGUUGCCACAAAGGCCAUCCCAGGUGCUAAAGGAGCAGUCGUUGUGAACGGAUGGCACACCAGCCCAUCAGAAAAACAGGUCCAUUGCACUGUAGACUAUACCGAUGGGCAGAACCGCCGCAUUACCAGGGAACACAUUAUCCAGGAGCCGACAAAGGAGAAGAAGUAA